AUGAGAUUUUUAUUUUGCGGAGACAGCAAUUGUCCAGAAUGGUUUUUGGCUGAGUCAGCUCUUCUGACUAAAAUUGCUUCUGUCAAAAUGAAAUUAGUGACAUAAUACAUUUUAUAGAAUAUAGUCGAAGGAGUCGACACUUCUGCAAAGAUAUUUAAGAUGUUGGAAGGAUCAGGUUUUAAUUAAUAGGAAAUCAAUUCAACUAUUGCAUGUGUAUCAUAUAUAGUUGAAAACUCUGCAAAAUAUGAUGUUUCAGAAUAGGUAUUAAUAAAAGAGCUUAUUGAUUUGGGUUUGCCUAAAGAAAAUUGUGAAUAGUUGAGCAAAACCUUUAAAUAAUAUAAGGAUAAGUUAUAACAGGUUUACGAGAACCAAAUAAUAAGAAUUGGAAAGGCUGUAGAGUUUCAUUAUGGAAUAAGUAAAUUCAUAGUAUCCGAGAGUGUGGUUCCUUAGAAAUAAAUUGAAGGUAACAGAUUUAUAGACACAAACAUCACAUUCCAGCAUGAUAAUGGAAAAUAAGAGUGUUGUCAAUUUGUGAUAUUUCCAGAAUAACUGGAAGACAUGCUUAACAGUUUUAAAAAAGCAUAGAAACUAAUGAUGUAGUUGUGA